UUUUUCUAAAACCUGUCACCAUAAAUAAAUAAAUACCGCCGUAGUGAUUUAAAACACUGCAUAUUAUUGUUAUUUCAUAAUGUUUGUGCUCGCCGAAUUAAAAGACACUGUCAGAAUUCCGCCGUGGGACUUCAAACGAAAACUGAACGAAGCAAUCACCGAUGAACUUAAUAGAAAAUUAGCGAAUAAGGUGUAUCUUAAUGUUGGUCUUUGUAUUGCUCUUCACGACAUCACAAAAAUCGAGGAAUCGUAUAUUUUUCCUGGUGAUGGUGCGUCUCAUACUAAAGUGAUAUUUCGUUUUAUCGUGUUCCGUCCAUUCAUGGAAGAAAUAUUAAUAGGAAAAAUACGUAGCUGCAGUGUCGAUGGUGUACACGUAACUUUGGGUUUCUUCGAGGAUAUUGUAAUUCCACCUCAUAAAUUGCAACAUCCAUCGAGGUUUGAUCAGAUGGAACAAGCAUGGGUGUGGGAAUAUGAUACAGGGGAUGGUGAGAAGCAUGAUUUGUUCAUGGAUGCAGGGGAAAUUAUACGAUUCAGGGUAGUUAGUGAAACAUUCACAGAGGCUUUACCCACUGGGCCUAACAUUUCUGGGGAGGCUGAGAAGUCAGAAGCUAAAAACGUAUCCCCUUACACUUUAGGAGGUGCCAUCGAUGAACCAGGCCUCGGGCUACUUACUUGGUGGGAGAAUACCUAAUGUAAAUACCUACAAUUCGGAUCAAUAAAUUUUUAUUUCACAGCACAUUC